UUGACUCAAACCUGACGAUGGUAGAGGUAAAGGUUGGCUGUCAGUGACAGCUCCUCUCGGCAAUAGAUGUCAUAAUUACUUCACAUUUACGUCACAAACUGACAAUUAUCUCUCCUUCUAGUAUACACUACACUGAGUGAAAGUACGAAGAUACUUUCCAGUGUAAUAAACGUCGUCCGACUUGUUCGAAUUUGUUGUUGUUUCUGCUCUAAUUAAUGUCAUGGAGACGACUUAAUUAUUCGACUACGUGUACCCCAAUCAUUUCCUGUACUCAUAUCGUUGUCUUCUACUGAUCUCUUCAGACACAGACAUAUACACAUGGCUCGGAUCACAUGCAGCUGGUGUCGUUACCUCACGUCAACCCCCAGCACUCCAGUCACCGUCACGCUCUCUCUGAAAUGCGUGAUUAUUGUAGUUAUUCUGUUGGUUCUCUACACUAUUGCUCUGAUAAUGUUUCUGGAGCUACGACAUUCAAACAUAUAUCACACUCCGUCAAUACACAAACACCAGAAGCUGGAUUCAAUAUACCCUUCGCUUGUGUCUGCAGCCUCUUCGUAUGGCAGCUUUCAACAGAACGCAGAUGACCAUGGCAGCUCCUCAACUCAGCGCUACCACUAUGGUAUUGUGAUUGAUUGUGGGAGCAGUGGCAGUCGUGUGUAUGUAUAUCAAUGGCCAACACAUUCCGGAAACCCUAAUGAACUCCUGUACAUUACUCAGCUUCGGGAAACAUCUGGAGAGCCAGUAGUGAAGAAGAUCACACCAGGUUUAUCAACAUUUGCUUCUAAUCCAUCCGCAGCAAGCAAAUAUCUACAUCCAUUGUUAUCCUAUGCUGCCAAAAAUAUACCAGAAGUGAAGCAUUCUGAGACUCUGUUAUAUAUUCUUGCCACUGCUGGCAUGAGAGUUUUGCCUGCAAGUGCCCAAGCCAGUAUUUUGGAAGAACUGCAAACAUCCAUACCAAAGUAUUUCAAAUUUGUUGUGGCUAAGAAUAAUUUUGAAGUUAUCACUGGCAAACAAGAAGGUGUCUAUGGUUGGAUUGCUGUCAACUAUAUCUUAAACAAGUUUGCUCAUGGCAUUGAAGUUAACUGUGAUGCUGGAACCCAAGGAGAAAACUUCAACACUAUUUCACACGUCAUAAAUUUAUCUGUGCCACCAAACAAGGUCAAUUUGUCUGAAAAGACCCUUAAUGGCAUUAACCAGCAGGUGAACUCUUCUCUCACUGCAUCACCUGUCUCCAACAGUAAUUACUCAACAGAUCAUCCUCUUGUAGUUGUUGAUGUCUCUAGUCAAACAGGAAGUGUGACACCUCACAUUAGGCGGCGAACGGUUGGUGUUAUUGACAUGGGUGGUGGUUCCAUGCAGAUUGCCUUUGAGGUUACCAAAAGUGUGAAGUUUGAUUUUACUAAGGAGGAUUUGGCAAAAGACUUAAUGGCAGAAUUUAAUCUUGGCUGUAGAAGUUUUGAUCUUGACCACAACUACCAACUUUAUGUAUCUACUUUUCUGGGUUUUGGGGCCAACUCUGCUCGUCGGCGUUAUGAAGAAAUGUUGCUAAACGAUGGGACUAACAGCUCUCAAGGCUUUGACAAACUGAGCCCUGUUCCUGACCCUUGUCUUCCAUUGGGACUACUCUAUACUUCUGCAACCAACACUCAACAAAAGACCUUUUUCAUUGGGCUCGGUGACUAUGCACUGUGCCGCAGGAACCUCUUUCCCCUGCUCAAUGUCACUGUCCCCUGUCAGAAGAAACCCUGCUCUAUGAACGGUAUUUACCAGUCAGACAUAAACUUCCACAACAGUGAAUUUUAUGGCUUCUCAGAGUUCUGGUAUUCCAUGGAAGAUGUCUACCGCAUUGGAGGGCACUAUAAUGCUGACAUAUUUGACAAGAUCUCAAUUAAACACUGUUCUACAAGAUGGGCCAAAUUGGAAGAAUGGUUCCUCAAGAAGCUUUAUCCAAAAUCUGAUAUUUUGCGUCUCAAGUUGCAGUGUUUCAAAGCGGCAUGGAUGUCUCUGGUUCUUCACGAUGGCUUGAAGUUUCCAAGGACUUACCGCCAUUUCUACUCCACACAGAAGAUUGAUGGUAAAGAUGUCCAAUGGACACUGGGUGCCCUCAUUCAUCGCACAAGAUAUCUACCUCUCAGAGAAAUCGAGCAGAUGUCCCCGCAUCAGAAAGGCCAUGCCUCCAACUGGAAUUUCAACCAUUCUUACCACUUCUACUAUGAAUAUCUGAUUGUGCUCUGCUUUCUGAUAGUGGCAAUGGCAGUCAUUUUCUACCUGCGCCAGUUGCGGCACCUCCGCUCCCUCUCCUCUAUGCCACUGUCACCACAGCCCCCGCCUUCGUCACUCCACGACUCCUCUUUGUCAUCCACCCCGAUUGCACUCAGCGCCGGUUUCGGCGGCAGCACAACUUUGAACCGGGUGUCUUCGUCAUCCUACUUCAUGCUGGACGAGUCCUCACCUUCCGGUGGCAAAUCUCUUUCAAAGGGAGAUUCCACGGGAGGGAUCUACUUCAAAAGCUCUGACUAUUCUUGACAACAGUAUCAGCAUAACUAAGAAUUAACAACAACACAUUUAAAGUUUCUCCUCCUGCUGCUGCUGUUGCUGCUACUGCUGCUUUCCCUCUCCACCCUCUCCACCUCAUUCCCACCAUCACUACCACCACCAUCAUCAUCACCAUCAACGACUCACCACUGCUGCAUCUAUUUAUAAAGUAGUUUCUGCAACUGCACUCCAACAGAAGCGCAGCGGCUGCAGACAAUAACAACAUCAGCAACUACUAUUACUAUUACUACUACUACUACUGUUUAUGCAAUAGCUACUACUAUAAUUGUCAAAUAUCGGCAACAACAAAAGCAACUAUUAAAAGGAGCUUUAUAUACUACUACUACUACUAUUACUAUAAUUAUUACUACUGCUACUUCUACUACUACUACUACUACUACUACUAUUAGAACAUUGGUGACCUUCACCUCUCUACCUCUCUUAGAUGAUUCCAUAAGCAAUUGGUUAUCUUACUAAAAGUGGAAAUAAACCUGUCACCGAUGUUGUUGAAGACAAAAUAAUAGUGUGGAAACGUGUGGGGAAGGAUCAUUUGGUGGCAUUGAUGGGCCUUUGGUGGUGAGAAAGGUUGUGAUGGUGGGCAUGUGUAUAUAUAUAUAUAAAUAUAUAUACAUGUGUGUUUGUAUGAGUAUGUAUAUAUGUGUGCGCGUGUGUGUGAAAUACUAACAUUUUUUAACAUGAAGUGCUGUUAGACAUGCGUGCACACAUACACACACACACAAGGUAUAUGCAUGAAUAUACAAUAAAGAUCUGGAUUUCUUUUUCCCUAUUGAAGAACAUUUAUACACAUACAUUAGUGAAAAAUAUGUGUAUAUGUAUGUGUGUUGUAUUUUAUAUAUAUGUGUGUGUGUAUAUAUAUAUAUAUAUAUAAAUGUGUGUACAAACAUGCACACAUACACACAGCCACCUUUAUGCAUAUAGUGGGAUAUUAGGGCAUUUGUAUGUGUAUAUAUAUAUGCAUAUACAUUGUUGGGGUAUUGGUUCUAUGAAGUUUAAGUUUUAUUUACUGUUGGGUUGUUGUGUCUGUGAUAUAUAUAUUUGUGUAUGUGUGUAUGCGUAUAUGUAUAUAUGCACUGGUGAAAUGCAAAUACUGUAUAGUGUAUAUUAUACUCUAAUUUUUUAAUGACAAUUGUGUGUGUUUGUGUGACAGAGAGAGAGAAAAAGAGAAAUCACGAUCAAUAUAUGUUAAUCUGUAUUUCUCCUGUCGUAGUGUAUUGAAUAACCAACUUGAAAGUGAUAACAAAUGUUUUACAAAAUAUUUAAAAAAAACAAAAAACACUCCCCACCUUCCUUUCCUGAAUACUAUUUUAUUUAAAAUAUCAACUGUUAGAUGUAGCCUGACUAUUCAGAUGAGAAAGCGAAGUUAGAGAUGUGGAGAUAAACAACUGGGUUGGCUGUAAUUAGGGGGUUGAAUUUCAAUGAUCACAUGAGAAACUUUGUAUAGUAUUUAUAUCAGGAUGCUGAUAGGAUAGCUAUCGGUAUUUUCUUGUAACUAGAGUUACUGGUCACUACAUCGAUACAGCAACAGACUUAGUGAUCAGAAUAAUUGAAAAUUUGUAUCUUGUCAUCAGCACUGCACAGUGUCCAUUUAUCAUGACUCUUAGCAGUCCACAUGGCUUUAAAUAGGUAUCAAGGGUAUCACUGCUAAAUAACAGCAGAGCAUAAUUGAUUUAUUACAUAAGUACAAGUCCACAAAGAUAGGGGGGGGGGAUAAUUGAUGGAGUUGAUUCACAGUCCUCAAUUACUACUUGUUUUUAUUGACCCUGAAGGGAAGACAAAGUGGAUUUAAUAGUUUAAUAACUUUAUUGAUUGACCCUAGUGUAACAUUUUUCUUUAAAACUAGUAAUCACAGAGAAAUAGCUAGCAAUCUCUUGAGUUACCUUGAGGUUUUAUGUCUGAUAUGCUUGCAAUCAUUGAAGCAAUAAAAGCAUCUGCUAGAAAGGCUGGCAAAAUAUAGACAAAAGUAACUAAAAAGAGACUUCUUGGGCAAGUAUUUUAUACCAUAGCCUGGGGUUUACCAAAGCCUUGUGGGUAAAAAUUAGCAGAGAGAAAAGAAAUAGAAACCCAUCAUUAACAUCCUCCACUGAAUCAUUGAAUAACUUUAGCAGAGUCUCCUCUCUUGCAAGCUUUCAAGCCUGGCCUCUGGGGAUAAUAUCUUGCCUUGUUAGCACCUGUCUCAGGGGCUCUGAAAAGGGUCAUGGAUACUACAUUUCCUCCUUUCAAGUUGUCAUUUAAAGUCAUUUGUUUCACCAUGGAGAAAAUGGUAAAAAAAUAUUACUGUAUUGAAGGUAUAAAAGACACAUUAGCAUUUUAGAUAGAUACAUCCCAAUUUCAGCAGCACUUAUUUAAGAUGAAAGGGGAGUGUUAUGGAUAAAAUUAGCUUCUGGGAAGCUAUAAGACCCUGAAGGAUUUUUUUAAACAACUUUUUGGGUGGGGGUGAAAAAGUGCAAUUUACAUACAUCCAAUACGGUUAUGAAAUCAGAGUAUGAUAAAUAUGUUACCUCAGUGAUUAAUACAAAAUAUAUUCUUCUUGGAGUUUACAUCUCCCUCUUUUAGAAAAAAAGAAAAAAAACUUUUUUUAUACAUAUUAAAUUUUAAUGUUGUAAUAGAUGUCAAAUAAUUCGUAAUACUUCUUAGAUUUUAGAAUGCAGGGAAAUAUAUUGGCUAAAACUGGCUAACCUUGCUUCCUUAUUGAUAACUUCUGUAUAGCAUCUAGAUUCAAACCACUGUUUAUAAAGUAGCAGUUUUCAACCGGGGUCUAUAUGGAUCUUGGGGGAAGGGGGUCUCCAUAAGCAAAAUAGUAAACUGGGGACCCACAGUAAUAUUUUAAGGAUCCAUGAAAAAAUUUUGCUUUAGAUGUAUUUAUUGCAGGAGACAGCUAAGUUUCUUUCUCUAUUAUUCUGCACAGUUCAAAAUAUUUAUGGUCACUGAAACAUGUUCUCUGAGAUAGUGAUAUGCCACUCCUACACAAGGGAAUGUGUGAAAAACAAAAGAAUUUUGAAAGAAUUAUCUAUAAAACUAGUUUUUAAACAUUGAAUGGCUAUGGGGGUACACCAGAAUGCGAUAGUAGUGAAAGGGGUCCUCUGAUAGAAAAAAAAUGUGGUUGAGAACCCCUGUUAUAAAGCAUGAGCAUAUUUAAUGAUCUAAGCAUUAAAAAAAAGGCUGGAGUACACAAAACAAUAAUUAUUAGUUAAUGGCUCAUUUCUAUUACUUUUGACAAACAAGGAAGACAACUCCGGACACAUCUUCACCUUGUGGAACUACAGUACGAUUUUUCCAUAAAUUGCUCUAGUGUUAGUGAGCCAAUUGCUAAAUAAACAUUACUUAAUCGUGCAUUUGUAGAUAUCGAUUUAAAAAAUAUUCAUAUAGAAUACCAUCCGAGUGAUAAUUAGCUAUAUUGGUAUGGGCAAAACUGGUAAAAAAAAAAAUGACAAAAUAUCUCCAUUGACAUGAACGGGAGACAAUUCUGAAUUGCCUAGCUCCACACGUUUUGUUGACAUUAACUUGAAAUCAUUUCAUUACAUUUUAUUUUUAAAAAAUUUUUUACAGCCAUCGUUAUUAAUUAGAUUGUUCUUAAAAUCCAGACAUUGGAUAGUUUUUUUUUUUUGUUUCUUUUUAGCAAGACAUUUAUUAAGUGUGCUUAUUUGUUGUCUUCUCCGGAACUUUUAAAAUUGCCAGUCAGAAAGAUAAUACAAUUGUACUAAUUAUUAUCUUUUUGUCUUCUCAACCAGUAUGACUAAGGGUAGUUAUGAACCCAAGCGGGAACCUCUCUGAAAUUGUUCGAAGAGAUCUCCCUCAAAAUCUUGCCUUACCAUCUUAAGAAUAAUUACACAUGGAAUAAUUUGAUCAAAUGGACCGUGACAAGGAAAGGUAUGGGAUGAUCACAACAGGAAUGCAUUUGAUCAUAAGCCUACUAGAUCAAGGCUAACCUAGUGAUAAACUACAGCUAAAGUUGAUUAAAUUCUUGGUUCAAGUCUCUUAA